AAACGAAAGCAGCAGAGGCGCCAUGUCUGGGAACACAAACCCCUCUCUCCUCACUCCUACAACACACAGAAACUAGAUAUGGCGUCUGCCGGCAGUGUGCUGUCUAAGGAGCAGCUCCUCUGCCCCAUCUGUCUGGACCUGUUCGACCAGCCAGUCUCCACUCCCUGCGGGCACAACUUCUGCAGAGACUGUGUACAGGGAUACUGGAAGAGCGCGAAUGUGUCGCAGUGCCCCAUGUGCAAGCAAAAGUUUUCCCGCAAGCCCGAGCUCAAAGUCAACACCUUUAUUUCAGAGGUGGCCUCCCAGUUCAAGAAGUCGUUGGAGAAAAAAGACAAAAGUGAAGCCAGCACAGGGGAUAGAUAUUUAGGAAAUGUUUCAUGUGACGUGUGCAUUGGGAAAAGAGUCAAGGCUCAGAAAUCCUGCCUGGACUGUUUGGCCUCCUUCUGUGAGACUCAUCUGGAGCCUCAUCAUGUUCUAGGCACCUUCAAAAAACACCGGCUGGUCAAUCCCACGAUGGACAUUCGAGACAGAGUGUGUGAGAAGCACGAGAAACUCCUGGAGCUGUUCUGCAGCACUGACCAGUCGUACGUGUGCCAGCUGUGCAUCAAGAAAGACCACAAGGCUCAUCACACGGUUCCUAUAGCAGACGAGAGCAGAGACAAGAGAGCUCAGAUUAUGAAGGUAAACCAAGAGGUGGAAGAAAGGAUCCACGGUCGACAGCAGAAAAUCAGCAAAAUGGACGAAACUGUCAGGCUCAGCAAAGGAAACACAGAGAGAGAGAUUGAGGAGAGUUUGCAAGUCUUCACCAAACUGCUGCACAUUAUCCAGAGAGGACAAGCAGAGGUGGUGGACGUGAUUGAUGCAAAGCAGAGACAAGUGGAAAGCAGGGCUGGUGGACUCAUCGCUGAGCUGGAGCAGGAGAUCGAUGAGCUGAGGCAAAGAAGCACAGAGCUGGAUCAGCUCUCACACUCUGAUGAUGACUUUUACCUUCUCCAGAGCUUUCCAGCUUUUUCCGCACCACUAGCCACCAAAGACCGGUCCGACACUGACGUGGAGAGCACUGUAUAUGUGGGCACAGUGAGGAGAGCGGUCCGGAGAGUAGUGUGUCAGCUGGAGGAGACCGUCAAGACUGAGGUGAAGAAGCUGUGCGAGGGUGAGUUCCAGCGGGUUCAGCAGUUUGCUGUGGAUGUGACUCUGGACGUGGACACGGCCCAUCCCAAACUGGUGCUGUCUGAGAACAAGAAACAGGUCCAUCACGGCGAUGUGGCACUGAGCCUCCCUGACAACCCAGAGAGAUUUUACCCCGGUGUUAGUGUUUUGGGGAAGCAGGGUUUCUCCUGUGGCAGGUUCUACUUCGAGGUCCAAGUGAAAGGGAAGACAGAGUGGGAUAUCGGAGUCGGGCUGGAGUCCGUCAACAGAAAAGGAGGGAGUAUGCUCAACCCCGAAGGAGGCUACUGGACCUUGGGGAUGAGAAGGGACAAGAGCUACUGGGCCCUCAGCAGCACUCCUGUGUGUGUUCCACUGGUCGAGAAGCCACAGAGAGUCGGGGUCUACGUGGAUGUGGAGUGGGGGCAGGUUUCUUUUUACGAUGCGGACUCUGCUUCCCAUAUUUACUCCUUCACCGGGUACUCCUUCAAAGAGAGACUCUUCCCCUACUUCAACCCGCGGCGUAAUCAUGGUGGUAUUAACUCUGCGCCUCUGAUUAUCUCGCCUGUCAACGUCUAAAACUUGGCUCGAAUUCUAUCAGCUCUAUUUGUAUCAGUACUUCAUCUGUGUUUGUUCAUUUGUUUGUUUGUGAGCAGGAUUGUGCAAAAACAACCAGACAGAUCACCAGGAAAUUGGUGGAAGGAUGUGGCAUGGGUCACGGUGGACCCAUUGCAUUUUGGUGCGGAUCUGGAUCAGGGGGCGGAUUUAUUUUUUUCUCUUUCUUAAAAGGGCAUUUUCCAACAUUCUCGUUGAAUUCUCAGUGAAUAAUUCAUGGAUCUUGAUGGAAAAAGUGGACUGCUGAUAAUGUGCAGAUCCAAAUAAAAAUGUGGUGGAGGUAUGUGCUCAGAUUCAAGUUAGCAAAUCUGUUGCAUGAAGAUUGUUUCUCUGUUGGAUGUAAUAAA